UACUUUGGAUCAUCCUAACAUGGUGUGGGAAGUGAAGACAAAUCAAAUGCCUAAUGCAGUUCAGAAACUCCUCCUGGUAGUGGACAAGAGAACUUCAGGGAUGAAUGAGUCACUGGAGUUGCUGAAGUGUAAUGAAAACCUGCCCUCUUCUCCUGGAUAUGCAUCCUGUGAUGAACACAUGGAACUUGAUGAUCUUCCUGAACUACAGGCUGUGCAGACAGAUUCUACCCCACCUGCUCUUUUUCAGCUGGGUGCUGAUGUUUCACAUCAGGAAUGUUCAAGGCCUUCAUGGAACCAACAUACCUCAAACAGUAAUUCAGAAAGUGAUUAUUCUUGUGAGAAUGGGGUGAACUGGUUGACAGAAUUAGCAAAUAUAGCCACAAGUCCUCAGAGUCCUUUGAUGCAGUGCUCUUUUUAUAACAGAUCAUCUCCUGUUCACAUAAUAGCCACAAGCAAAAGUUUACAUUCCUAUGCACGUCCUCCACCAGGAUCCUCAAAGAAUGAUCCUGACUUCUCCAAGAAUGAUUUGGAUGAAACACCAGUCAGACAUGAAAGGGCAAAUAGUGAAUCAGAAUCUGGCAUUUUCUGCAUGUCAUCACUUUCAGAUGAUGAUGAUUUAGGAUGGUGCCAUUCCUGGCCCUCAACUGUUUGGCAUUGUUUUCUAAAAGGCUCUCGUUUGUGCUUUCAUAAAGGACGCAAUAAAGAAUGGCAGGAUGUUGAAGAUUUUGCAAGAUCUGAAAGCUGUGGAAAAGAGGAAAAUCUCCCAGUCAGUCCUUACAAGGGCUAUGGUUCUGAUGGGUUGAAGUUGAUUUCUCAUGAAGAAAGCAUUUCCUUUGGUGAGUCAGUGCUGAAGCUGACUUUUGAUCCUGGCACAGUGGAAGAUGGCUUGCUUACGGUAGAAUGCAGACUCGAUCAUCCUUUUUAUGUUAAAAAUAAAGGUUGGUCAUCUUUUUAUCCAAGCUUGACUGUGGUACAGCAUGGCAUUCCAUGCUGUGAAAUGCAUCUUGGAGAUCUGUGUCUACCUCCUGGACACCCUGAUGCCAUUAACUUUGAUGAUUCAGGUGUUUUUGAUACAUUUAAAAGUUACGAUUUUACACCAAUGGAUUCUUCUGCAGUUUAUGUGCUAAGCAGCAUGGCUCGCCAGCGUCGUGCUUCUCUGUCUUGUGGAGGAUCAAACAAUCAAGAUGCUGAGAGAUCAGAAUGCAGUAGUAAAAACUGUGCAUCUACUGCCUCAUCACAUCUUUCCUCCAGUUCUUUGUACAGCAAAGCUGGCAAAAGCCACAGCUCAGGGACUGCAAGUACUGUGAGUGCCACUUCUCCAAACAAGUGCAAAAGACCAAUGAAUGCCUUCAUGCUAUUUGCCAAAAAAUACAGAGUUGAGUAUACUCAGAUGUAUCCAGGGAAAGACAACAGAGCCAUAAGUGUGAUACUGGGUGACAGGUGGAAGAAGAUGAAAAAUGAAGAAAGACGGAUGUACACACUAGAAGCCAAGGCCUUGGCAGAAGAACAGAAACGUUUAAAUCCUGACUGUUGGAAACGAAAACGAACAAAUUCUGGCUCACAACAGCAUUAAGCCAGAAUUGUCCUGUCAACUCUGUAUUUACAAAAUGGCUGUCGCUUGAUGGGAGGGAGAUGCAAGACAAGGUCUUACUAUUUGUUGUGACUUUGUGUGACCAUAAAAUACUGGCACCAUCGAGUCGGAAGUGAUCUAAUAUGAGUGCAGAUUUGCUUUUUACAAUAGAACAUUAAGUAAGCUAAAACUAUCAACAUUUUAAACCAAAUUGCCUUAUUUUUCUUCCAAACUUCAUAUAUGUAUCAGGUAAUAUAGGCUUGAAAAAUGGAUAUCCUGUGGUGCUAAAGUACUUUAGAAAGAGGGGAAGGAGGCGUGUAUAAAUGUUUAUUUUUAAAAGAAAAUGUACAAAAAGGGGAAUUUUAAAAUACGUAACAGCUGUUUAUAUACAUUGAUUCUUAUUGCUGAUUAAUAUGUAUUGCACAACCAUAUUAUUAAUUACAAUUCUGGGGCCUGGGAUUUUUCGGAAAUGGCAAAAUGUAUUACCGGCCUCUAGCAUCCCAGCCUGCCAACAAGUUACCGGAACGUGUGGUAAAUAGCGAGCAUGGUGUUAAUGUAGCACAGGAGCUGCCGCUUGGGU